CUGGCCGCCUGUAGCUUAUCUCUUCGUGGUGAGAUGGCCGUGGAGUCUCAGAGGUUCCUGUGAAGUCGAAACGGGCUCUGUGGACAGACAGCAGGAGGCGAGAGAAAGUCCCUCGUUCACGGUCCUCUUCGGCCUCCGUGUUUUAAAUUAUAUCAACGGUUUGAAUCUGGUUUUGCUGAAGAGGGUUGAGCAAAACGAGCUCCAGGUCCUAGAAAGCGACCUGCUGAACCGCUCAUCAACUGUGCUGAAUACUGCAGACCAGGUUUGAGCUGUAGCUGUGUGGCCGGGCAGCCUGGCUGCCCCCCUGCCUCCAGAUGAAUGAAGAACACUCCGGGACACAGAGACACAGCUGAUACAGGGCAUGCAGGUGUUUCUGCCAAUAUGAUGAAGAAAAAGAACCCGCACAAGAAGCAUAAGAGCAGCCUCGGCCCGCCCACCAAAGUCCUGUCGCAGCCUCGACGCAACAUCGUUGGCUGCCGGAUCCAACACGUCUGGAAGGAAGGAGGAGGACAUGUGAUCUGGAAAGGAACUGUACUCGACCAGGUGCCUGUGAACCCGUCUCUCUAUCUGAUAAAGUAUGAUGGAUUUGACUGUGUUUAUGGUUUGGAGCUUCAUAAAGAUGAGAGGGUUCAGGGACUGGAAGUGCUCCCCGACAGACUUGCUAAGUCCCGUCUGACAGACGUCAACCUGGCCGACGCCAUGAUAGGUAAAGCGGUGGAGCACAUGUUUGAGACGGAGGAGGGUCCGAAGGAGGAGUGGAGGGGUAUGGUGCUGGCCCGGGCUCCCAUCAUGACCAGCUGGUUCUACAUCACCUACGAGAAAGACCCUGUCCUGUACAUGUACCAGCUGCUGGACGACUACAAAGAAGGAGACCUGCGCAUCAUGCCCGACUCUAAUGACAGCGUCCCAACAGAGAGGGAGCCAGGCGAGGUGGUGGACAGUCUGGUGGGUAAACAGGUCGAGUACGCCAAAGAGGACGGCGGCAAACGAACAGGCAUGGUCAUCCACCAGGUAGAGGCCAAGCCGUCCGUCUACUUCAUCAAGUUUGAUGAUGACUUCCUCAUUUAUGUGUAUGACCUGGUCAAAACUUCGUAAGACUCUGUGGAUUUCCUGAAGCCCACCCAAACCCAGUGAGAUGGAAAGAAAAUGCAGCACACGUCAAGACAUCUGAAGCAUUUAACCCGGACUUGUUCUUCGGACCAUCAAAGAUGAAAAUAAAGACUGAAAAGAAGAUUUUUCACAGCGGGAAAUUAGAACAAAGGCUGUUUUUGCGAGUCAACUUGUUUCUCUGCAGGAAGGUUUAAAAUGGAAAAAAGACCUUCUUUAAACCCUUAAAAUAAUAGGAAAAAGUUACCUUUUAAUAGGUCUAAAAGCUUUUGAAGCCCUGUAUUACAUUUCUGGAAAAAAAGAAAGUUAUGUAAAAGAUCAAUUUUAGAUUAGAAAAUAAUACAACAUGGAUUAGAUUCAAGAAGAGGCUUCCUUUUUUUUUUUUUUUGUACUAAACAGCGAUCUUGUGAAUAGAUCAAUAGUAGUCAUCUCUUUUUUGCUUGAGCAUUUAGAGAUUCUUCUGGAAAGAUUUCUGUGUCAUGUUUUCUACUGAAGCUCACCUGGCCACAGAAAAACAAGCAGACUCCCAGUGAAGAAAUGUAGCCUGAAGCCGGUUGUUGGAAGGGACUUGACUAGAAAUCAACAAAUCAAACAGACUAGAAGAUGAAGAUGAUGAUUAUGAUGAAGAUGAUAAAGCAGAAGAAGGAUUCUUGGACUGGAACAUUUCUAGUCACGAUGAAGGAGGAGUUGGUGUUUGGACUCAGACGCCACAUCUCAGUGUUGACGAUAACUUCUCCAUCUGCCUAGCAUUACCAUGUAUGGAAGCUCAUUUCUGCCAUGAUUAAAAAAUACUCAUGCUAAAGGCAGUAUUACAAUAUUUCUAAGUAAAAAUUAUGACGCCCUAAAUCCGAAUAAUCAGAUAGUUUUGAAGGGUAGCUAGAUGCGCCGUUUGGUAUACGCGUCACUGAAUCAUGAAUUCAUACAUUCGCAUUUCUGUGUGAAUAUGCAGAAUUUGUAGUUCAGGCUCUGUUGGCCAGUAACGAAGGUAAACAGAGCAAAACAAGUGAGGAUUGUCUGACAGUGAUUUAGAACAUGACAGCCAGAAAUGCUGGUUGUUCCCAGGGGUUAAUUCAGCAAAUACGUCCACAAACAUCCAAUCAUUUUCACAAUUUUACAAGUUUAGUUAGUUUAGUUGUUCAAAGA